UUCGAUACCUGAGCUCCAAGGAGCCACCACUACCUUAGAUGUGACCCUGAGAAUUUCUCUUAUCUCUGAAGGGUGUUGAUGGAGAGCCAUUCGAAUGACAGCCGGGACAGUGGUCAUCACUGGUGGAAUUCUAGCUACAGUUAUAUUACUCCUUAUCAUCGCAGUACUGUGCUACUGUAGGCUGCAGUAUUAUUGCUGCAAGAAGGAAGAGUCCGAGUCGGAGGAGGAGGAGCCAGAUUUUGCGGUUACGUCCCGCCUUCCACCUGUCCACUCCAAUCACAACAUAGUGGCGGCGACAGCUGCCGCCUCCUCCAUCCCAAAUGGCCCCGCCCUUUUCCCCACCCCUCCACUGGCCAGGAAACUAACGCGCUCACAGACCUUCUGUCCAUCCUGUACACACUAUGAGCUGCCUUUCUAUCUCCAGCCCCCCCCUCAGCCGCAAAUCCAUCAUCAACCAGAUGGGUUGAGGAACGGAGGUGACCGGAUCAUCUACCGAAGCGUCCAACAGCAGGAUCUGGACCUGCCAGUGCCUGUUAACAUUACAAACUACCGUAAACCAAACCUUGCCCGAUCAGUCACCAUGAGGGACAUGUUCACACGCAGCUGUAGCAUCAGCACUGAUGUUUAG